CAGUCGGGCGGCUGCGUCCCAACAUGGCGGCGGCGGGGCGCGGGGCCGCGGCGGCCGGAUGGACGUGCUGAUGACGGUCCGGAGACUCGCCUCCAUCUGUACCAUGGGCGCCAAUGCCUCUGCUUUGGAGAAAGAGAUUGGUCCGGAACAAUUCCCUGUGAAUGAGCAUUAUUUUGGCUUGGUCAAUUUCGGCAAUACCUGCUACUGCAACUCAGUCUUACAGGCACUUUAUUUUUGUCGUCCAUUUCGGGAAAAAGUUUUGGCAUACAAAGUGCAGCCUCGAAAGAAGGAAAGCCUCCUGACAUGCCUCUCUGAUCUCUUCAACAGUAUUGCUACACAAAAGAAGAAGGUGGGAGUCAUCCCACCCAAGAAAUUCAUUUCCCGAUUGAGGAAAGAAAACGAAUUAUUUGAUAAUUAUAUGCAGCAGGAUGCACAUGAAUUCCUAAACUACCUACUUAACACUAUUGCUGACUUACUACAAGAAGAGAAAAAGCAGGAGAAGCAGAAUGGCAAACUCCAGAAUGGCAGCAUUGAGAGUGAAGAAGGAGACAAGACUGAUCUGACGUGGGUCCAUGAAAUCUUCCAAGGAACACUAACCAAUGAAACCAGAUGUCUUAACUGUGAGGCUGUUAGUAGCAAAGAUGAGGACUUUCUGGAUCUGUCGGUUGAUGUGGAACAAAAUACAUCAAUUACACACUGUCUGAGAGGAUUUAGUAACACUGAAACUCUGUGCAGUGAAUAUAAAUACUAUUGUGAGCAGUGCCGCAGUAAACAGGAAGCACAGAAGAGAAUGAGAGUGAAAAAGUUGCCCAUGAUUUUAGCUCUGCACUUAAAAAGGUUCAAAUACAUGGACCAGCUGCAUCGAUACACCAAGCUCUCCUACCGUGUGGUCUUUCCCCUGGAGCUUCGGCUCUUCAACACUUCAGGAGAUGCUACAAACCCUGACAGAAUGUAUGACCUUGUGGCUGUCGUUGUUCACUGUGGCAGUGGUCCAAAUCGUGGGCAUUAUAUCACCAUUGUGAAGAGCCAUGGCUUUUGGUUGCUGUUUGAUGAUGACAUUGUAGAGAAAAUUGAUGCCCAGGCCAUUGAAGAAUUCUAUGGGUUAACAUCAGACAUUUCCAAAAACUCAGAAUCUGGAUAUAUCCUCUUCUACCAGUCGAGAGACUAAAGAUACGUGUGUACAAAAUAAAGAAAAAAGGGAUCAAGAUAUGUCCAAAUGGAACAUAUUUGUGGCAGCAGAAGCAGUUCCUCGUUGCUGUAGGACCAGGACAGAUCCAGUGGGAUGAACCAAGGUUUUUCCCUGCCAUGUUGUGGGGGAUCAGUGCUGACUGCCCUAACCAGAAGAGCUCUUGUUCCAGUUUUCUUUCUGGGCUUUUUUUACGUGCUGUCUUCCAAAAUCUGUGUUACCUCUACUUGAAACCUGGCUGCUUAUUUGUUCAUGAACUGAAGAAGAGAUUUUAAAGUAGCAUUGUAGGAUUGUUACCAUUUAAUGUUGGCCUGAGGCUGUACCUUGGUUUCUGCCAUCGUCGUUUUUCUGUAUUUUAGCAGAAUGAUUUCAAUAUUCAGUGUCAGCUGAAGGCAUAUUUUAGGAUAUGAACAGCAGCUGGUUGCUGGAUAUUUUUGGUGACUCAGACUUGAGAAGCAGUACAAAGCUAAGACAUAUUGGAAAUGUCAAGUCUGUAAUUUUUAUUAAAAAAUCCUACAACAAACCAGACAAAAAACCUCACUCUGCAGCAUUGUAGAUUUCCCCGUGAUGCUUUAUUUGGGUUUCAGAUAACACUAACAGCACUGCUUCUUGUUAUAUUUGUAGUUUUACUGUUUCUUCUCCAGAAGGCAUAGGGCUUUAUCCAUAUUCAGCCUAGUGGAUUGUGCAUUUUGCUUUGGAAGCAGAAGGCUUGCCUCAGAGCCAGGUUGCUGCAGGUUUAAGGGGAGCAGAGCAGCAGUUUCCUUGUGAAGAACAUGCCUGGCAACCAGCUGCUGGAGGAAGCUGGAAGUUUCUUGGAGCUAUUGCUUAAACCAAAAGUGCCCUCAUUCUGAAGCAGGAUCUGUUCCACAUUUCCUUCAAUACAUAGUAAACUGAUGCAACUAGCAUUUUGAAUCUAUGCUGAUACCCAGAAACAGCACUAGUUGUGAAGGGUUAACCAAGGGCAAGCAGCAUUUAUGGAACUAAUCCAGUUGUUCUUAAUCUUCAAGAUAAUGAACAAGUAAGAAGGAAACCAAACCAACCAACCCAGACAUUGCCUUGCUAAGUGUUCCUCGUCAUCUGUUGGUAAUGUUUGUGUCCCUCUGGGAAUCAUAACGCCCCCAAAAAUGCUUUUGAUUGUUUACCUCUAUAGGCCUUGCUUAACAGGGGAAAUUCAGUCUUUUAAAGACUGCGAUGGCGUAAUUAUCCGUUACCUGUGUAUAUAUUCUAUUCUCAAGGAUAACUAGAAAGAAAAGACUGAGGAAGUUAGUAAGAAAUCUCAGAAAAAACUUCUGUAAUUUUCUUCUUGAGAAGUCCUGUUGCCAAAGCUUGUCACAGCUGGCUCUAAACUACCAGUGGAAAUGGAGAUAUUCCUUUCUUCAUCUUGUUGAGUAACUCCAGAGCUGUUCGUGUGGUGGUUCCCAGCACAGCCCAUCAUGGUUUGUACCAGUGAUUGUUAUUCUUGAGGACCUUUAACUUAUGCAAUUCUGUGGCUUGUACAGGAUCUAGAAAAUAUUUUACCAAAAUACUGUCCUCAGGAAAGCAGCAUUUCACAAGCAGUUCCUUGUGGUGGCUGUGUGUGUGUCUGUCUUCAUGACCACAGACGUAAUGUUAGCAAUUAAAUCCUGUCUUCAACGUGCAAAUUAAUCAUUACCAUUGUAUUCCAGCUGGGUACAGGUUACAUUCUCCUGGCACAUCACCUCUUCCAGAAGAGAAAAUAUGGACAUUGGGUUUUUAAAUUAUUUUUUAUUAUACAGAGUACUGUCAUUUGAAGAGACACAGUCAAUAACAGCAAACAUUCUUGUCAUCUUCUUCCUAUUGUGUGAAUAUUGUUCCUGGCUCAGAGUCUUCUCCCCUUGUUCACACACAAGCUGUGAGUCCUCUCCAGAAGACUUGUCAUCACUAAGUCUUGCAAAAAAUAAAAAAAAUAGCACUGAGUUAAAAAUAAUCUAAACAGUAAAUACAAAAGUUAAGGUAGUACACUAGACAUGUAUUUUGUAUAUCUGGUGAUACGUUUUUAUGAAUAAAAUACCUGACUGAGAGAGAAUAUUGAAAGAUAUAUACUAGAGAUUAAAGCCUGUUAAAAGUGCACUUUUGCUACAGAUUUAUAAGGAGACUAAAAGGAAUUACAUUGGAAGAGAAUGGUGUGAUGUUACUUCUGUAUAAUAGAUGAGCCCACCUGUCUCCAAUAAAGGUCGUGUAUGAUCAAA